AAUCCUCUUGAAGCUCUUUCUAUCAUUUGUCUUCUCUUUUUCUUCUGCUGGUAAAUAGAGAAUGAAUGGACAGAGAGAGGAGGAGAAAGAAAAGGAUGAGAGAGUGUGGAAAUGUGAGGAGAGGAGGAGGGAGAAUUCCACUUAGUGUCCAUCUAAUGCACUUUACCCCCCUCCCACACACACACACACACACACACACACCUCUCUCUCUCUCACGCCUCUUAGGUCUUGGAUCAUCUCACAGCAGAGGACUUGACAGGACGGAUGCUCAUCUGACAGAUCAGACAGAUAUCAGACUCCAGAGGAUCCUCAGCAUCACACACACACACACACACACACACACACACAUCUGACAGGCGUACCAGAGACGCAGGGGUGCGGGACGUCCGGAGACAUGUCGUCUGUCCCAGAGCCCCCGCCUCCCGGGGACUGUCCUCGCUCGUGUUCCCGAGAGCAGCUCACGCCUCGAUCGGAGAACACGGUCUUCAGCCUGGCCCACAACGACACCUUCUGGACCCUGCAGCCCGCUCCGGGCAACUGCGAGUACUACUGGCACGCCAUCCUCCUCAUGACCUCCGGGGGCAGCGUGCUGCUCUGCGGGAUGGUGCUGAGCGGACUUUACUUCGCCGGCUUCUCCAUGAUGGCCACCAAUAUCCUGGGCCCCGCUCUGCUGUCCGUGGGGCUGAUGGUGCUGGUGGUGGGGGUGGUUUUGAUGCCCAUCACACAACAGAUGAGGCGUCAGAGCGCAACGAAACGCAGUUAUUACAAGCCUCACAUAAACCUAUGAGGAGAACUUAUCAGGUCUCUGUUCGGAUAGUGAGGACAGCUCACCCAGAAAUAAAGCGCCUGUCAUCAUUUGCUCGCCCUCCUUGGUGACAGACGUUUCAUUCGUUGAGGGUGAAAUGUCCUUUUGAAGCAAGACACCGCAGGCAGAACGUUUCAAACAUGUCUACUAAAAUGAAAUGUAACGCUCUAAACAAAAACGCUAAUUCGGAAUAUCGAUGAAAGCGAGUACGUAAAUCAUUUAAAUGAACUUAAAUAUGUUAGGAAAUAUGUUUAGGUUGAAGCAUUAGAAUUACACACAACAAUAAAAAAAAAAAAAAAAACAAUAAAUAAAUACAUUUUAAAUACCUCACA